AUGAAGCUUGUAUCGGUCUUGUAUAUUAUCUUUGCCCUCAGAUUUGCCUCAACUGGGAAUGGCGAGGAUGGAAGACUGAGAAGGAAUAGUUCUACACAUUCCUCCUCGUCAGAGUCCACCCUACUCAGAGAUGUUUCCCAGUUUGUAAAGCCAGAGAGUCCACCAAAGUACUUUGGAAUUGACAUUGACGGGACAUUAUACACUAAUAAUAAGGAAGGUUUUGAGAAGAACAUCGAGGCUUUCGCAGAGGUGAGGAAGAAGGGUUAUAUACCAUUCUUUUGCACUGGAAGACCUCUUACAUCAGCAAUGAACGUUGUAGGAGAAGAGUUCAAGACAAAGACAGGUUAUAAUGGUUACCCUGGUGUAUACAAUGACGGCUCAAUAGUUUACGAUAAAGACGGAAAUCUCAUCUACUCGAAAUCGCUUCCAAAAGAGUUUUUAUCGACGUUUUUAAAGUGCAUAGAGGGUGGUGCUCUACCUAACAUUUGCACGUUUCACACAAAGGAUGCAGUUUAUUCACUGAUUAAAGCAGAGGGGAAAUGGGUAAUGUAUCUGGAAUCACAGGGAUUAACAGUUCCAGAGGUUAAAACACCCCAAGAAAUUCGAGAGUUUGAGAUUGUAAAUAUAUACAUCUUUUGUGAAAGCCUGAAAAUCGGUGACUUGAAGGAGGAUGUAGACUAUACUGCGGUAACAAGUGCCCCUGGUCUCUUUGAUAUAAACCCUGUUGGAGUCACAAAACUCUCCAGCAUGAAGAUAUUGCUCUCCCAUCUCAAUGAUUCUCUAGAUUUCUGCGGAUUUAUCGGCGAUGGAGAUAAUGAUAUGGAGUGCCUUGAAGAAUGCAAUAUCUCAUUUGCAGUUGGCAACUCACCAGAUGAAGUUAAGAAGCACGCAAAAUGGGUGUUAGAGGAGACCUGUGACGAGGGAGCAGUUGCAGAGGCCCUCAAACUCACAUACGAUUUAUAG